UAAAAUGGAAUCGAUCCCAGAGAGCCAGCUGGAAGAAUACUACGAGGCUUUCCGUUAUUUUGACAAGGACAACAGUGGUUGCAUCACAACUAAAGAGCUGGGAACACUGAUGAAGUCCCUUGGUGUAAACCUCACAGAAAAUGAAUUACAGCGUAUUAUCAACACCGUGGAUAUUGAUGGAAAUGGUAUGAUGGAUUUCCAAGAAUUUGUGAACCUUAUGUUGACAAAAAAUCAAAAUGGAAUGGAACUCUGCGAAGCUAAAGAAGCUUUUAGAAUCUUCGACAGAGAUGACCGGGGGUUCAUCCUUACAUCGGAGCUUCGGCAAGCGUUUGCGACGUUGGAAGAGGACAUCCCUGAAAGCGAGCUGGACGAGAUUUUAGAGGACAAAUGCCAAUCAGGAAACAGAAAAAUAUCUUUUGAGGAGUUCAAGAUGAUGAUGCGAAUAGAAAGUUCAGAGGAAAAUGCAAAGAAGAACUCAUGUACAAUUCAUGCUUUCAGCAAGUGAAAUCACAUUCUCUUACUCUCUACUUCAUUAUGGUAUCUUUAUGAUUACUCCAAAAAGAAUGAUCAGUCAGUGCCUCAGUGACCCUUGCAUAAACACAUAAUCAUAAUGUA